UAUUUCUGCGCUGUCACUCUGACGUUAAUUAAUAUACGCAGUUGGUUUAGUAAUUUUGCUAUUGAAAACAAAACAAUCCUUGAGAACAGAAAUUACCGCAUCUGUCAGGUUCGAUUGAUGCGAUUUUUGAACCGAUUUAAAUGGUUCAUCGAAAAGAAUCGGCUCAUAUGAAUAACACAUUUGCAAACUGCACAUCUAUCAAACGCGCUUCAUCAAGAUAAUAAUAUUCAUCCACUUAUUUUUUUUAAUGCUUUAUUAAUUCAAUAGCACAAGAAGUACUACAUAUUAAAUAAUAUUAUUUAUUUUUUGUUUCAAGCGCACGAUACGCGUCAUUUCCGCCAUGGCGUGAUGACGUUUUUCCGGCCGAGCGUUAGGCGGUGGAUGGAGGAAUAACAGCGAGCAAAACAUACAGUAAAGAUGAACAUUCACUUAUUAUAGAAAAUAUGAAGUGCAGCUGGAUUUGUACAAGAUAAUUAAAUAUGGUGUUUAGUUAUCGCGUGUUGUUUGUCUUUGAUCAGGAUCUCCGUCAGAGUCGCUGUGACGUCACGCUCUGUUUUUCUCCUCAGACCGUGUUUGUUUGUGUUUCGUGUCAGUCUGUUCUCUAACAGUCCUGUCUCACAGAGCCUCCUCCUGGAUCUCCUCAGGCCGUGACUGCGAUGGCCGCGCCGUUCGUUCCGGUCCCCGUGCCCUUCGAGCGAGCUCCGCGGGCGGACAGAGCCGCGUCCGCGGGCAGCGACAGGUGCUUGACUCCGCCGCGCCAGAGCCCCGUCCCCCGCGCCAGGCUCAGCGGCCCCGAGUGCUCGGUGCAGUACUCCAGCUGCCCUCCAGACAGCCCUCCAGAGACCCCGCGACAGAGCUGGGACGAGCGGCCCAUCACACCCACCGUCCUGGGUUACGAGGUGAUGGAGGAGAGGGCCAAGUUUACUGUCUAUAAGGUUCUUGUAAGGAAGACUCUGGAUGAGAGCUGGGUCGUGUUCAGGCGCUAUACUGACUUCUCAAGACUCAACGACAAGGUCAGUAAGAGUGACUUCUCAGAGUGUUACCAGCUGAAGGAGAUGUUUCCGGGGUUCAGACUGUCUCUUCCUCCGAAGCGCUGGUUUAAAGACAACUAUGAGACGGAGUUCUUGGAGGACAGACAGCUGGGUCUGCAGGCCUUCCUCCAGAACCUCGUGGCCCAUAAAGACAUCGCCAACUGUGUGGCGGUGCGUGAGUUCUUGUGUCUGGAUGAUCCUCCCGGGCCGUUCGACAGUCUGGAGGAGAGUCGGGCGUUCUGCGAGACUCUAGAGGAGUGCAACUACAGGCUUCAGAAGGAACUUCUAGAAAAACAGCGAGAGAUAAACUGCUUAAAGAAAACACUGGAAGAGAAAGAGCGGCACAUUCAGAAGCUGGAAGGACGAGUCAACGGGGACGUUCUCACUCCAGACAGUCCGUGUUGUGCGUCCGGAGCGGGCAGCGACUGCAGUCUGGACGUAGAGUCUUCUGCUGCGGAGGCCGAUCAGGAGCUGCCUGAUGAAAGCCAGGCUGUGCUCCAGUCGUCUCAGGGCUCCGUGUGUUGGUGCGGUCCGUCCGUCAGCGGUGCGUCUCCUCCGGUCAUUCAGGUCACUCCUCUGGAACACUGAGCGUCUCUCCUCUGGUUUUAUUUCGGUUCCUGUGCGGCGGAGAUGAGGAGGCACCGUGUGAUCUGCUUGCUGGACUCGUGUUUAACGACAGCCAAAGAGAGACGUUUAGUCCAAAGGUCAGGAAGCAGAAUCACUACGACAAUCAGCGGCACACCGAGACUGAGAUCGGCCGCGCUGGACAAGCAUCUCUCUGUUCUCAGGGUCACGUCUGUGUUUUAAUUUGAGUGAGACUCACACACGGGACUGGUGUUCAUCUCUGUUAGUCAUCCGCUCGGUCCCUGCUCCGAUCACUGCACUCGUACGUUCAUGCGCUGAAGACUGUGUGGAUUGACUCAUGCAGCGAGCAUGUGUUUUUAGUUUUCUGCUUCACUGAAAGCCAUAUUUAGUGCUGAUCACAGCGAGGCCUGUCACUCCUGCCUGCAGUCGCUCUGUAGCGGGACAUCCUGCACUUUACAGUCCUGAGGGAUUAUGGGAUAGAUGCUUCUACACUACUUGAUGAAAUCAUGUCGAACACCACGUUUAAGCUUCGUUUGAAGCUGUGUGCCUUCCCGCAGAGUUUCACUGAUGACACGGUGCCUUGCGUCUUUUCCCAGAGUUUUAUGUAUUUAAAUGACAUGCAUAUUAAAAUGUGCUUUCCGUUGGUUUUGCCUGGGUUCUGUUUGCUUCUGGGAUGUUUCAGAAUGUCUCUUCGUGUGUUUGUGCUUGAUGAAUCGAUCAAGUUUUUACUCAGCCAAAGGAUUGGAGAAGGGAUACGGGAAGCAGAUGAAGUGACCGCGCUGCUCGUCAUCGACUGUGAUUUAAACUCCAUUCAACUCUGUUUUCACGUUUACAGCAAUAUCACGUACGUUUGUUUCUGUCAUGUUUGUCUCCGUUGCUUCUGAUCAUCUGUUUCUAGUUCUUGUUUCUUGAGUUGAUGGUUCUAACAGCUUAUGCAAAUAAAACAACGAUGUUCAGAGGAUCGUGAUGGACCGAGGGAUAUUUUUGGUGGUGGAUUUUUCAAUGUUAUGAUCAUUAGACAUGUAUUUAAUAAAAAAGGCUUCUUUGUGUCAGGAAACGCUGGAGAUCUGCUGCGAGUCUCUGUAUACAGUGUGAAGUUAAUCUUGUACCUCACUGUCACUUUCUGUUAAAGAUCAAAGAUCUAAAACUGAGCUGUGAGAGGAAUCAGAGCCCUGGGCUUCAAAUAAACAUUUCAUUCAAUUUCACAAUAAACCUGCAUCAUCAAUGAG